CACGCCCCACUCGGUGGUCCCCCAUGCCCCCACGGUCCCACACGGGGAUGUCCUCCCCCCCCCCCCCUCCCGCACCUGAACACACCGUGCGACGUCCACUGACCGAUGCCGUAUUGACUAGUGAUCGGUCAUGGGUGCUCGUCGCCGUAUUGUCUCGUGCAGACUGCCGCAGUGCCGUCUGUUAGGGUCUGUUCACACCGGUGCCGUCCGUCGCUAAGGUCCGUUCACACCAGACAGGUCUCUGACGAAUGGACGCACACGCGGAGGCAGCUGAGCGGUGAAAACACAGAGCAACGGAGUCGGAAGGGGGAGGGGCAGUGGUCAAUGAAUGGGAACAAGUGGAAGGGAACGAAGGCCGAUGGUCUGACUCUCAUGGAAUGAUUAUAUAUUUAUUACAUCGUGCACUAACCGAUUGUCCAGUCUCGUAGUUUGAAAACCAUGCCUUUUUCGUUAUUCGAAAUAACAGCUAAUGAAGAGCAGUUUCAAGAAUAUGCAUGGGACUGGAACUCGAUGGAUGCGAAUGUGAUUUGGGGAAUCUACCCGAAUUUCUAGCUACCACACUACCCGAAAGUCUAUCACACUUUGAUAGUGUUGCCUCGAUCACUGCGCGACUGAUGCAAUCAUCAAAGUCAAUUGAUAUACCCAUGUCGGACUCGGUACCAUUUUUGAGCCAGCCAUGUGUAUCUGUGCCUUCAGGAACCUGGAGUACAUCUGUAAGGAGAGUGGCCGCUGUGUGGUGGAUGUGGCACGGAGGAACCAGUGUCAGGCCUGCCGAUUCACAAAGUGUCUCCAGGUCAACAUGCGAAGGGAAGCCGUGCAGCAUGAGCGUGCGCCGCGCUCCUGUGUGAAGCGGCAGCCGGCCAUGCUGCCCCCGGACGGCGGCGCGCCGCUGCUCAUCACCUCGCAGAUGUUCCCGCCGUUCGCGCCGUACGCCGGCCCGUUCCCGCACCUGCGGCCGUUCCCGAUCGUUCCGUCGCCGUUCCUCGGCUCGUGCGGAGGCUCGGCGUUCACUCCGGUCCGGCCAGCGGUUCCGUUCUGGAGUCCGUUGGAGCCGGCGCCGGCGGCGGUGACCGUGUCUUCAGCAAUGGCGGCGGCGGCGGCGGCAGCGGGGGCGGGGGCGGCGGCGGGGGCGGCGGCUCCUGCUAUCCUGAGACAGCAGGAGCCGCCGCCGCGGCGGGAGGAGCCGCAGGAGCACCCGGAGUCGGUCAGGAGCCGGGAGGAGCCUCUGACCAGUCGCCGAGAGGAACAGGAGGUGUCCAGCUCCCAGAUCGAUGUCGUCAGAGUGGACUCGCCGCAGCCGGAGAUCGAGGAGCCGCUCCAGUCGAGUACACUGCUGGGAGCUCCUACGGACGGUAAGGCAGCGGAGAGAGGGGUCUGCUCGGAGCCGUCCCCCUCGCUGGUCACCCCCGCCGCCUCUGCCUCGUCUCUGUUCCGGCCCGCGACAGAGACGGUGAUGGAGACAGCCGCCAAACUGUUGUUCCUGGCAGUCCGAUGGGCGCACACCAUCCCGUCCUUCCUGCAGAUGUCGACUAUCGAGCAGCGAGCGCUGCUGGAGGCCAGCUGGAGUGAGCUGUUUGUCAUUAGCGCUGCUCAGUGGCCGCUUAUCAUUGACAACCCCACCGAGCUGGCGACCAGCUGUGGUUCCCCCCACCCCCAGCAGAUGGCUCUGCAGUUGGCGGGUCUGACCGAUCUCAUCCAGAGGUUUGCAGACCUGAAGGUCGAUUACACCGAGUACGCCUGCCUGAGGGCGCUGGUGCUCUUCAAACCAGAGGUGAAGCUAGUGCGCGAUCCGAAGUCCAUUGAGGCGCUCCAAGAUCAGACUCAUAUGAUGCUCUAUGAAUACGUGUUCUCACAGAAAGUAGCCGCAAAGGCCCGUUUCGGCAGACUUCUACUGCUGCUCUCUUCUUUGAAGACCGUCUCCAGCACGUUCCUUCAGGAGGUGUUCUUCAAGAGGGCUCUCGGUGGGAUCCCAAUCAGUCAGCUGCUGGCCGACCUCAACGGAAACUCAGCCGGCAUUUAGCGCUUGUUAUGGGCUAAAACAACGAAAAUGGAUGUUUUGCUUUCGUCAUUUGUACCAGAAAUGGCGACGGGAUGCAUGUUUUAAGCUGCCUCUGUCUGAAAACUCGGCAGCCUUCUGCGCUCAGUUGGAAGGAGAUCAGUUGCAAAUGAGCCAGCAUGGAGCUUCAUUGUAUAGUUACUGGGAAUUGUGGCGCGCGAUAUACGCAGGUGGGUACAGCACCACCUUUUAAUCAAUAUCUGGAUGUUGCAAUAGAUGUUUAUCGGUGUGAAUGUUUUCUUGUGCAACUAGC